UGAAAAUAAAUAAAUAAGAAAGAAAAGUAGAGAGCGGAAGUGUGAGAAAUCAACGGCCGUGCCGGUGAUAUAGGGGGUGGGUGGGGUUUUAUAUUAGAGAGUACAAAAUCCACGCGAGAAUCCUGAGCCUCAGUAUUUUGUAUUGGCGAAACCACUCCAGCCACGCUCAUUCGGAGAAAAGCAGGAGGCCGCCAUGUGUGGAAUACUUGCUGUGCUUGGUUGCUUGGACAACUCUCAUGCCAAGCGCUCGCGUAUCAUCGAAUUAUCUCGGAGGUUACGGCAUAGAGGUCCUGAUUGGAGUGGCUUGCACUGUCAUGAGGAUUGUUACCUUGCUCAUCAACGAUUAGCUAUUGUAGAUCCCACUUCAGGAGAUCAACCACUUUACAAUGAAGACAAGACAAUUAUCGUCACUGUUAAUGGUGAGAUAUAUAACCAUAAGCAAUUGAGAGAAAAGCUGAAGUCGCAUCAGUUCCGAACUGGCAGUGACUGUGAAGUGAUUGCCCAUCUCUAUGAAGAACAUGGGGAAGAUUUUGUCGACAUGUUGGAUGGCAUGUUCUCCUUUGUACUUCUUGACACUCGCAACAAAAGUUUUAUUGCAGCUCGGGAUGCUAUUGGCAUUACCCCACUUUACAUAGGCUGGGGUCUUGAUGGAUCAACUUGGUUUGCCUCAGAAAUGAAAGCCUUGAGUGAUGACUGCGAGAGAUUUAUGUCUUUUCUUCCUGGGCAUAUAUAUUCUAGUAAGCAAGGAGCUCUGCGAAGGUGGUACAACCCACCAUGGUAUUUGGAGCAGAUACCCUCAAAUCCUUAUGAUCCAAUAGUUUUGCGCAAGGCUUUUGAGAAGGCUGUGGUGAAGAGACUUAUGACAGAUGUACCAUUUGGUGUACUUUUGUCUGGAGGGUUGGACUCAUCACUUGUUGCUGCUGUUGCUAACCGCCAUUUGGCUAAUACAGAAGCUGCUGUUCAGUGGGGAUCUCAGUUGCACACUUUUUGCAUUGGUUUGAAGGGUUCUCCAGAUCUAAAAGCUGCCAGAGAGGUAGCAGAUUAUCUUGGAACUCGCCAUCAUGAGUUUAACUUCACUGUUCAGGAAGGUUUAGAUGCGCUUGAGGAAGUCAUUUAUCAUAUUGAAACAUAUGACGUGACGACUAUCAGAGCUAGCACUCCAAUGUUUCUUAUGUCUCGAAAAAUUAAAUCUUUGGGAGUGAAAAUGGUUCUUUCUGGUGAAGGUUCAGAUGAAAUUUUCGGAGGCUACUUAUAUUUCCAUAAGGCACCUAACAAGGAGGAGUUCCACCAAGAAACAUGUCGGAAGAUUAAAGCUCUUCAUCUGUAUGACUGUUUGAGGGCCAACAAAUCAACUUCGGCUUGGGGGCUUGAGGCGCGUGUACCCUUUUUAGAUAAAGAAUUCAUAAAUAUUGCCAUGGGCAUAGAUCCAGAAUGGAAAAUGAUCAGGCCUGAUCUUGGAAGAAUUGAGAAGUGGAUCUUACGUAAUGCGUUUGACGAUGAUCAGGAACCGUAUUUGCCAAAGCACAUAUUGUACAGGCAGAAGGAACAAUUCAGUGAUGGUGUUGGGUACAGUUGGAUUGACGGCUUGAAGGAUUAUGCAGAUGGUCAUGUUACAGAUACAAUGCUUAUGCAAGCCAGAUUUGUUUACCCUGAAAAUACUCCUACCACCAAAGAAGCAUACUACUACAGAACUAUAUUUGAGAAAUUCUUUCCUAAGAAUGCUGCAAGAUCAACAGUUCCUGGAGGUCCAAGUGUGGCAUGUAGUACUGCUAAAGCUGUUGAAUGGGAUGCAGCAUGGUCGAAAAAUCUCGACCCAUCCGGUCGUGCUGCAGUUGGAGUUCAUGCAGCUGCAUACAAAGAAUCAGUGGAUGAUGCUAAAAAUGGAGAUCUGCAUGAUGCAGCUCCAAACAAAUUACAAGAAGGGUUUGUUGAACAAGCUGCAACAGUUGUUUGAUUGGGAGCAAUACCACGGUUUCACAAAAACUUUUGUUGUCUUGUUUAGUUUGAAAGUAGGUUUGCUUUUUUAGUUUUGUUUUGGGUAUGUUGUUGGGUAGUUAAUUUUAUGCAACAGUUCAAUGUUCAAAUCAUUCCUUUACAGUCUUUGUAGAUUGCUAAUGGAUAUUUAAAGUUAUUAUAGUGUUAAAUAUAUAUAUAUAUAUAUAUAUUUUGCUAAAAUAUUAUGGUAUUAAA